CAGAACACAGACCACGAAUCCGGAGAUUCAGAAAUUCUGAAUAUAAAUGUUCCUUGUUCUGAAUUCAGAUUCAGAAAUUGGUGCAAAAUUGGUGUUAUUUCUUGAAGUUCGUAAUAUUAAAACGUUAUCAUGUCUCUUUUUGAUCUAACUGAUCCAAAUACCUGCCUAUACUCGGGACUGGCGUGUGUAUUUUUAACAUUUUCUUACGUUGGCAGUUUAUACAUUUGGAGAUCUAAAUUAAACAGAGAUCACCCAACAACUAUCAAGAGAAGAUUUUUCAGUGUGUUUUGUAUGAUGCUGCUGGCACCAGUGUUUACAUACACACUUCUGAAAGAAGAGACCUUGGAAAGAGGGAGCCUCUAUGAGUACAUGGGUUUCCGAAUGUCUGGAAUGAUUGCAGCAUUAAUUGUCCCCUUGCUUCUAACUGCCACUUUAUUUUUGGGACCAUUGACAAUGCAUUUUAUAGCUGGAACUUGGAAAUUAUAUGCAGAUCCUCUGUAUUGGAUAUCAAGUUUUCAGGAUCUAGUGUGGUUGCGCAACCAUGUGAUGGCUCCUAUAAGUGAAGAGUGGGUGUUCCGGUCUUGUAUGAUGCCAUUGCUGCUUCAGUGUUUGGAUCCACUCACUGCUGUGUUCACAGGGCCAUUCCUGUUUGGUAUUGCCCAUUUCCAUCACUUGCACGAACUAUUGUCUGGAGGGCAUUCAAUUAAAUCUGCAUUAUUUAUCUCCUUGUUUCAAUUCUCAUUUACGACUGUAUUUGGUGCUUAUUCAGCUUAUUUAUUUUUACGAACUGGUCACUUCUUCGCGCCGCUGGUCGCCCACAUAUUUUGCAAUCAUCUAGGAUUUCCAAAUUUCUUUGAAGUAUUUCACUUUCCGAUGUUACAGAGAAUUCUUAUUAUACUGAACUUUUUCCUAGGUCUUUUCCUUUGGAUUUACUUGCUCAUACCUCUAACCAGCCCCUACAUCUAUGACAAUAGACUGGAGUUAUUAACUUGACUUUAUUAGUCUGUGUACCGGUUGCAUGUUUUUUUUUACAAAAAUGCAAACGAAACUUUCGUUUACAUAUGACCAGUGUUGUACGAUUUCUUUUUACGCAAGUGUUAAGGCAGAAACAUACCAUAUAUAUAUAUAUCAUAAUUUAGAGCAAAAUUACACGUUACGACGCGAUUUAGAACUAGUAACAACGAUUCACUCUCACGCUUUUUUACUAUACGAGUAUUCAUUCCCAUUAAAUAAAUUAAAAAAUCUUAUUAUUCUUACUAUUUAUAACUUUUACAAGUACCUACCUUUGUAAGAAGAUUUGCUUAUAAGGCCGCGGAUACUAAAUUACGACUUUACUAAUGGAAACAGUCUUAUUUUAUACCUAUUGAUUUGAUAUCUACUCAAAGCAUUUACCUUAAUGUUGUCAAUUAAUUAGUACUAUGUACUUAUUAUGUGAGUAAAACUUACAGGUAUAAUCGUUGAUCGCAGUCACGUCAUAUUAAGUAUGUUUCGCUGUUAUUGAUUUCAUUUUCCCGGUAAAAAUACAGGGUGUGCUUAUUAUGUUACUAUGUAGAAUUCUUUAGGCUAUUUAACAUGUUUUAUACGUAAUAAAUGUAACUUAUUUAUAACUCAACGUCCAUUCUCCUAAUACAUAGUCUUAAGUAUAAGAUUAAUUUUUGAAAGAACAAUCAUGCGAAAAGACGCGUGGUAGAGAUAAUUGUAUAGGUCAAUAUACUAUGUAAAUGUUAGUUACUGCCAUUGUGAAUUCGUAAAUCUACACGUGACUUUAUUAGUGCGCACAAAACAAAUAGUCCAACACGAGUCCAACAGUCCUAGAUAAGAGUACAGUCUAGUCCUAUAGUAUAGUCCAGUCCUAUAGUACAGUCCUAAAGUAACUAAUAGUCCAAUAGUGAAUACGAGGUGUAUGACUGCGCAUUGUACAAAAACAGAUCUCAGCCAGGCUGUCGUCAAAAUAGAUAGUACUGUAAGGCGAUUCUAAAACCUCUAAAAUUUCACCGUGUAUUUGAACUUAUAACUUAAACUAACUUUAACUAUACUUUUAACUUUAACUAUACUUACUGAUUGUUCAGUAUUCAUUGCUCAAUAUCUGUACAGCUUUUAUGUAAUUUAAGUUUAAUUGUACCUACUCUUUUCGUAGGUACACUUUCAUAUGAAAGCCUCAUGUGUUUGUGCCAUAAAAUAUCAUAGGUAUAUGUAUUAUAUUACUGUAUUCCGUAAAGGAAGGCAAUGGAAUGGGACCACAACGCGAGAGUGGCGAAACUUGCGUACUGUUUUCUUUGAGCGCUGUGGCCUUAAUGAAGGCUCUGGUUUUAUUCUCAGCAGGGACAAUUUUAGGCAUUUAUAAUUUCUAGCUUGGUUUGGUCUGGUUGGCGGCUUCGGUCGUACCUAGUCUACGCCUAGAAACCAAUUAGGGAUAUGACGAUGAUGGACUCCUUUUAUUCCUUCGUGGAACUUCGGGCUGCAAUAAUUGUUUUCCAUGUGUUCCUAUCUUUGGCUGCUGCCUUGACAUAGUUCCACCAGUCCCACUCUUUUAAGGUCUGCUUCAAUUAGGGGUACCUAUGGGUUUAAUCAAAAUUAUCACACCCUUUUUACACUAGCCUGCUACUAAAUCAUCUGACCACUUGUCCUGUACAACAAUGAUGCGAACCGAAUACCUCACGUCAAGGUGCGUUCGCCGAAUUCUAGCUUUAUAUCUUCAUUUUUAAGUUAAGGGGAUGAUUUUUAAUGCAUUCGAACUGAUCUUUUGAACUUCUGUUUGCUAAAAAUAGGAUAGUUGCAAUUUUAAUAUUUUGUGGGAACUCGGCAAGCUGUACCGAAUAAAAACCCAUCAUGCUGAUUGUUUGAGAAAUAAAAUAUAACGGUUCUGAAGGGUUAAAAGGGUUCUGAAUUCGUUAAAUUUUUUCGGCACUCAGUUGAAAAUCCUUAUAAAAGGACUUGGUCAAGACGAAUAAUUCUAACGUCUAUGAUUGAAUCAGAGAGUUACCUACACCGCACAAACUGACGAUGGCGUCACUAAAUACAAUAGUAUGUCUUUAUCGUUUGUACUCGUGUGACAGAGAUGUACUAUAAAACUAUACUCUAUCCACGGAGAGAAGUUAAUAUAGCGCUCUCUGUGUUACGUAAUCCCAUACUUACUGGCAGAAACAAAUAAAUCAGUGGGCGUUAACCAUUUUGAGUAACCAACCAAUCACAAACGAACCUUUUUCUGUACAAUCCACGAAAAUAGAUAUUACGAAAAAAAUAAGUUCGUUUGUGAUUGGUUAAUCACUCAAAAUGGUUAACGCCCACUGACUUUUUGUCUUUGUCAUUUGUAUGGGUUUGACCUAAGAAAUAAAAUUAAUUUAGAUUAAAAUGUAACUUCGAAGAAGCUUACGUUAUUUCAACAUUUUGUGUAACUAGUCAAUUGAUGUAACUUUGUAUUAUCGUAUACUAACUUUAAGUUGCAGGUUUUUAUUAUAGCUUGAAUCAUAAUGAUAAGAACUUGAUAAUGUUUGUAUUAUGGUUACCAUGAUAAAAUUGUGCUAAUCUACUAUAAGUGUCAAUUUACAAGUCAUUAAACUAAUUUUACAUGUA